AUGACCGUAAGCCGCGGACCCGGAAAUAUCAAAAGGGUGACGAUUUGUGUUGAUCGGCCGGGCUAUCGCGAGGCUCAGUUUUGUGACUUUGCUGUCAGGAUCGAUAUCCUCGCUUUGGCUGCGCAGAAGAAGCCUUUCUCACUUUCAAGCCAUGAGGUGCACGGGCUCUUCCAACGACCUAACCAUACCUAUGCUUACAUUCGAGGCUGCACUGCCACUCACCUUGACGAAGCUCGAGUGGCGAGGGCACAAGUUACAACAAGCUCCAAGUGCUGUCGCAGACACAUCGUCGAACAAGGGCAUGACAUGUGCGCCACGGGUCAUAGGAAGCGUGCCUUUCACCCUCGGAAAAGAACGGGGUGUAUUACCUGCAAGAUCCGAAGAGUGCGGUGCGACGAGAAAAAGCCAUCGUGCAAUCGCUGCCUCUGGACCGGCCGAAAGUGUGAUGGAUAUAGAGACAACAGCACGGAGCUACCAUCCCCUCCAACUUCAGAGAACUUCUCGUCCUCUGAGACCCGGAUAACCAGAAGAAACACUAAUAUUCCCAUGUCCUUGGGAUUACCACUGCCAAGAAGAAACGACCAGGAACUCCGCAGCUACCGCUUCUUCCUGGAUUUUACAGCCUCCGAGUUUGCCGGCGUCUUCGAUGCCGAGUUUUGGCUGACGGAUAUACCGCGCACUUGCCACUCGGAUCCAGCUAUCUGGCACGCCGUGGUGAGUCUUGGAGCGGCGCACCAAGGCUAUCUUGCAAGCCGGGGCUCUGCUCGUGCGGAUUCAACCUCGCCCUUUGCAGUGUACCAGUAUAACCAGGCUGUCAAGCACCUAGUCCAUCUGCCGUCUUCACGGACGCCACCCGAAGAAAGAUGGAGGGCGCUGAUUGUGAGUGUGCUGUUCACCUAUCUAUGCAGUAUCCAAGGUCUACACGCGCAAUCUGGAGUCCAUCUUGCGGCGGCAAAGAGUCUGUUGAGAGAGCCGCAAAACCCUAACUCAAGCCAAUCCAAGUUGGACGCAACCCGAGUAAACCGGUCCAAAGUGCCUGAAUACCUCAAAGCCAGCUCAGUGUCGUAUAAAGCCGUCUUGUCUAUCAUUGCCAGCCUCGAACUCCAGUCCCAAGCUCUCAACAACCGCAACGCAAAUGAAGCACCUGAGCUUCUUAGGGAUGUCGACGCGUAUAUCGCCUGGCGAUACUAUACUGCACCGAACUCGACUGAGUCUUCAAGGAUCUGCCAACACGGUAGAUGUGUGCCGUCUAGAGCGACGCCGGAAAACAUUGCGCGUGCUGGAAGAGCGUUUCAAUCGUUGCUCGAUGCGCUGAUUCUCUUAUCACAACGUAUCCAACCAGACAAAGCUGGGACUCUUGGAGGUGAUGAUAAAGCAAUGGAGAGUCCCAUCAGUCAACGGCAACCCUAUACUCGAGCCUUUCAUGAGUUGGAUAAAGCUCUUAACAUGUUUGUUUCAGACAGUUGGGGUGAUUGUUUGUGCUUUGGGCCGCCAGACCAACUCUCAUCCUCGACGCAGCACCGACGUAAGGCGAUAGACUCCCUCCGAGUCUUUCGAGAGGUAUGCCACCCAUUGAUAGACUACCUCAUGGGUGGCUCGGACGCCAAUCUUGAAGCACACGCAAUCCAGCUGCUGGACCUUGCCGAUUCCAUGCUUGGGAAUGAGGCCAGGCACGAAAGAUCUGGCGCGACAGAAUUCAUCCCAUCGCUUUCCAUCACGCAGCCAAUCUUUGUGAUAGCUGCUACUGGCCCGACUCUGGCGCUGCGGCGCCGUGCCAUAGCGCUCCUGCGGCAGCAUCCUCGACGCGAAGGCCUGUGGGACAGCCUAUUUACCGCAGCCUUCUUGGAGGCAUGUCUUGAGCACGAGCUUGCGCUUUUUCGGGGAGGGGCGACGGCUGGUCAAGUCGGGCUUGACGAGGUAGAAGUCAUUCCCGCAAGCUGUCAAGUGCGCUGGGCCGUUUUCAGGCUCACGGGGGUACGCACGGCGCGUGUGGCUAUGCAAACUUUGACGGAAUGGCUUAAUGAUGAGCCUGGGCGAGAAGCGCCGUUGACAUGGUAGCCCUCGUAACCAGACUCAUUUUGACAGCACGGAUAUUCUUGCCUGGAUGGUGUAAGUAGCUUCCGAGAAUCUUAGACAUGGAACACAUACAUUACCGAUGUUGGUUCUGGCCUCAUUUAAAGACCAACAAG